AAGAAGAAGAAAGCUGCCCUAUGUGAAGGGAUAAGUCAGGAGCUUUUAUUUUAUUUUAUUUAUUCUUUUCACAGUUAUCCCUAUAUUCCAAUUCUUCCUGCACAGCUAUUGGAAGUUCUCAGCUCACCAACACCUUUCAUAAUUGGCGUACAUUCUGUCUUUCGUAAUGACAUUCAUGAGCUUUUAGAUGUAAUCAUAGCAGACCUGGAUGGAGGCACAAUUAAAAUUCCUGAAUGUAUUCAUCUUUCUCAGCUGCCAGAGCCACUUCUACAUCAGACUCAAAUGGCACUUUCUCUAGUUUUGCAUCCUGAUUUGGAAACAGCAGAUUAUGCAUUCCCUCCCCCACGAACAGCUUUAUCACACUCAAAAAUGCUGGAUAAAGAAGUGCGAGCAAUCUUCCUUAGGCUAUUUGCACAACUUUUCCAAGGAUACCGGUCAUGUCUUCAGCUGAUCCGAAUUCAUGCUGAACCAGUAAUUCAUUUCCAUAAGGCAGCCUUCUUGGGGCAGCGAGGCUUAAUUGAGAAUGACUUUCUAACCAAAGUUCUCAAUGGAAUGGCAUUUGCUGGUUUUGUGUCAGAGAGGGGUCCUCCGUUCAGAGCCUGUGAUCUUUUUGAUGAGUUGGUAGCCUUUGAAGUCGAAAGAAUUAAAGCUGAGGAAGGUAAUCCACCAAAAAUGAUAAAACAUGUUCGAGAACUUGCAGAACAGCUCUUCAAAAAUGAGAAUCCCAAUCCCCACAUAGCGUUCCAGAAAGUGCCGCGGCCUACGGAAGGCUCCCACUUGCGGGUUCACAUCCUCCCUUUCCCCCGGAUCAAUGAGUGCCGGGUGCAGGAGCUCCUCCAGGAAGGCCUCGCAAGGAGUCAGGGUGCACCCCCUGCCACCCGUGGGGACAAGAAGUGCGUCGUUCCAGCGGGUCCCCCUGUUGUUUCAAUAAUGGAAAAAGGAAGCACAGUUUUCAACAGUGCACAAAGGCUGGAAGUUGUUAGAAACUGCAUCUCAUUCAUUUUUGAAAACAAAUUUUUGGAGACUGAGAAGACCCUGCCGGCAGCUCUGAGAGCCCUAAAAGGAAAGGCAGCUCGGCACUGCCUGGCACAGGAAUUAGGCCUGCAUGUUAAACAAAAUCGAGCAAUACUGGACCAUCAGCAGUUUGACUAUAUCGUGCGAAUGAUGAACUGUGCUUUGCAGGAUUGUUCAUCUUCAGAAGAAUAUAGCAUCGCUGCAGCAUUGCUACCACUGACGACUGCUUUUUACAGAAAAUUAGCACCUGGAGUUAGUCAGUUUGCUUACACCUGUGUACAAGACCAUCCUAUCUGGACUAACCAACAGUUUUGGGAAACAACCUUUUAUAGCAACGUGCAAAAUCAAGUUCGCUCCCUCUACCUUACAGCCAAAGACGACAACCAUGCAGUACAGUUGAGACAAAAGGAGAAGAAUUCUGUAGGUCCAGACCAGGAUAAGACAGCAAUGGACCUGGCUGCUGAGCAGUUGCGGUUAUGGCCAACUCUUAAUAAACAAACGCAGCAAGAGCUAGUCCAGAACGAGGAAAGUACGGUUUUCAGUCAGGCAAUUCAUUUUGCUAACCUCAUGGUCUACCUGCUAGUACCAUUGGACACAAGUAAGAACAAGUUAUUGAGAACAUCGGCUACUGGUGACUGGGAGAGUGGGAGCAACAGUAUUGUCACAAACAGUAUUGCAGGCAGUGUUGCAGAGAGUUAUGACACAGAAAGUGGAUUUGAGGACUCUGAGAACAAUGAUGUUGCAAAUGCAGUUGUACGCUUCAUCACCAGAUUUAUUGACAAGGUUUGCACAGAGAGCGGAGUUACACAGGAUCACAUCAAGGGUCUUCACUGCAUGAUACCAGGCAUUGUAGCAAUGCACAUAGAGACACUGGAGGCUGUCCAUCGUGAGAGUAGGCGGCUUCCACCAAUACAGAAGCCCAAAAUUCUACGACCAACUUUACUGCCAGGAGAAGAAUUUGUUUGUGAAGGUCUCCGUGUGCUACUGGAUCCUGAUGGCAGAGAGGAAGCCACAGGAGGACUGCUUGGAGGUCCUCACAUCCUCCCUGCUGAAGGAGCUUUGUUCCUUACCACUUACAGAAUUAUAUUUAAAGGCACUCCUCAUGAUCAACUGGUUGGAGAGCAGACGGUGAUCCGGAGCUUUCCUAUUGCAUCUGUUACAAAGGAGAAGAAGAUCACUAUACAGAACCAGCUGCAGCAGAGUAUGCAGGAAGGACUGCAGAUCACUUCAGCUACCUUUCAG